UUGGUGAAUUUUCCAACUGAUUUUUCCAACAUUGGAUACCCUUCCAGUGCUGGGCCGAUGUUUGAACAGUCUCUCGCGGAAUUCUGACCGGUGAGGUUGUGUCUCUUGAACUUCCGUAGAAGUCAACCAAUCCUCACCGACUGGAUUUAAAUGCGUGACACUUUAAGUGAUUGUGGUUGUGGAAAAUCUUCUCAAAUACCAUUCAACACCUCAAGCAAAAGUGAGAGAGAGCGGGUUUUGUUGGGAAAAUCGAGAGUGAAAUGGUAGCAGUGCGCAACGGAGGAUGGCAACAGGAUGGCACAUUGAGGAGCAUUAGGAACGAUGUAUGGGAAAAGUUGUGUUCAGUAGUGACCUAAAAUUUCAUGGUGAAUAAUGUGCUUUCAUGUUAGGAAAGUGAGAAUAAAAUUUUACGCAAUUUUGAUCAACUGAGAGAGAGAGAUUAAUCUGUGUGAUUUUAUUAGUAUUAAGCCAUGUGUUCAGUUUGAGGUGUGAUUACUGGUGUUCCUGGGUAAAUCAUGCUGGGGAACCGCCUAGUGUGGUUCAUGUACAUCCUGGCAGCACUGGACAGUUUGCUGGCAUCCGAUCUCACUCAUCAUGGACACUCAAGAUCUCGCCAUUCCUCCCUCAAAUCCGGCCACAAACGACGAUCGGUGAGUGUGGAGCUAGAGGCUACAGAUGGUCAGUACCCUGAGAUUCUGAGCAAAGAAAAUGGUCAGUGGAGUGCUCAGGUCCCUGCUGACGAAAUCCCUCCCUCGACCCCCCAUCACAGGCACCACAAACAGGAGAACAAACAUCAAAGCAAAAUGUUCAGAAUCUCCCACAAGAACUCUCCAAAUUCCCCCGUUUUUACCGUGUCCAAAGGUCAUAGGUCAAACCACCGCGGAAGCUCAAAGAUGCUAGAAUUCUCAAGAACUGGGUCGACAAAGAGCAAUCACACGAGUCACAUGGGUUCGAAGAGGAAGAGGGAACAUGGGGAACAAUCUCGAAACCAGACCCAUCAUCACCACAGCCGAACCAGCAAUUUGGCCCUCGAGGCAUCCUCCAACUUUGCCAUGUUCUAUCAAUCAGACUCAUCUUCCUGGGACAAUGAUGGUGAACGCUUUCGAGAGUCUGAGGUGAAGAAUGAGGUCUCGAGUGCCACCCCCAACACCACCCUCGCGACAGAGAUGCCUUCCACGGAGGCCAUCACCAUGAGUGCCAGGAAUACCAGCGUACAGAGGCACAAUCGACUUGUCAACUCAUCAUCAGCAGAUUUCAGACAAUACGACGAACUGGGUGGCGAGGCGGAAGUUCCCGGUCUCUUCAGUCCCAGUGGCCUCUACGACGAUGCCCCCGAUGAGGAGGAGCGAACCUCACUGGACACCACCGGCAUAGAUCUGACCGACAGAGAGGAGUUGGGUGGUAUCCCAGAAUGGAGUCAUGAGCUCAUUGAUGACGAACAGAUGCAAUUCGAUGAGACGAGUCGCAACAACAGGCUCAACCUCAUGAAGGGUCGCGAUGUGGUCACGCGCUUCCUGCAAAUUGUUGAGAGUCAGCAUCUACUCGGUGCAAAUUGUACCGCCGGAACAGCCCUGAACUUGGGGGAGGGAGUGGUAGACCGAUACGCCCAGGACAGGUUCCGGAUUGAGGCGGAAGUGGCCGUCAACAGAGCAAACAUGCUUACCAGGAUUUUUAAAUUAACCUCACCAGCCGUUCAGGAAUCUGAGCAUCUGCUUCACGCAUCUGUGCUCUCGAUGGUUGAAUUUGACGAUGAUAUCUUUGCGGCGGGAAAUUGCUUCGACUGGAAUCAGCAUCCCGCCAAGAAGGGUCUCUUCUGUCCCUUCGCCUAUCGUCUGCCUCCGCCAGAUCAAGGAGCUUCCCUGGCUAAGGAUCUCGCUGCCGAGUAUCACUAUCUAGGCAACACUUCUGAAUGGUUCUUCCUGGCCAGAAAGAAUGCUGAAAAAGUUAUUGCUAGGAAUGAGCAGUACAUCAAAUCUUACCAUCUUUACUCAAACAGCACGGAUCGAGUUGCGGAUGAAAUUCUUUCAGUCAAGUACGAGGAUGGUCGAUGGUCAAAGCCAUAUUACGAUUGCGGAGGUGGCAAUAUCUGGAUGCUGACGUACACAGUACCAUUCUUUGGCUAUGAAAACGGAACGUAUUUUUUCAAAGGAACUUCGGGAAUAGAUAUCGAUCUGCGGCGUGUUGACAUCGAUCAAUGUCCUCAAAGGGUUUCCAGUUCUGAUGUUUCUUUGCCCCUCAACAUCUUCGCUGGAACGGACAAGUGCAAGCCCCGAACAACGGAGUGUGAGGCGAUUUCUGGCUUAGGAUUCCGCCGUGGAUCCUACAAAUGUAUCUGCAGGCGAGGCUUUUAUUUCCCAGACACCUCUUCAUCCCAGAAAUAUUUCAAUGGCAGCACUCUCGAGGAGGAAUAUGAAAAAUUGAUGCAUGGUGAAAGCUCCAUGUACAGAAAUCGUGUGGCUUUUGAGUGUUUGCCAUGUGCUGAAGGCUGUGAUUCCUGUAAGGAUUCUUCACCAUGUGUAGCUGCACUUAAUUGGCCCAUGAGAACGAGUAUUCUUGUGAUGGCUUGCGCAAUUAUUGGAUUUCUGCCUCCAGCUGCCUUUUUCACAUUCAAAUACCAGCAAGUUAAGGUUGUUCGAGCUGCUAGUCCAGCCCUUUUGAGAGUUAUUGCUCUUGGUGCAUUUUUCAUCUAUUGCACAACCAUCGUACUCUAUCCACCGCCAUCCCUGUACACUUGCACAGCUAGAGUUUGGCUCCGUGAGAUUGGAUUUUCACUGACGUAUGGUGCUUUAAUGCUCAAGACAUGGCGAAUCUCUGUGAUAUUUCGCGUGAGGUCGGCCAAGGCGGUUAAAAUAACGGAUGCAUCCCUGCUGAAGCGUCUUGGAAUACUCUGUGGAGCUGUUGGUGCCUUUCUCCUCAUCCGGACGAUUGUUGCACCACCAAGAGUCGUUGUUGGUCGUACCACGGAUGAUCUCAAAGCUUACCUCUGCAAAACAGAUUGGUGGGAUCACACCUUUACAUCCAUGGAGGUCCUGUUCCUUGCCUGGGGAGUUAGACUGUGUAUCAUGGUGAGAAAAGCACCGUCAGAAUUUAAUGAGAGCCGAUUCAUUUCGAUGGCAAUUUACAACGAAUUCCUCCUAACGUGCUUCCUCAAUGUGUCUAUGUUGUUCCUACAAUCACCUGCUAAUCCUGAUUUACUCUUCAUAAUAUUUUUCUGUCACACUCAGCUUACCGUCACGCUACUCUUGGCAUUAAUAUUUGGCAGUAAGGUGUAUCUUGUGUUCAGAGGCGGUGGAAAGCCUGAGGAUUCAAUUGGACUGGGAACUAAGCCGUCAGGUGCGAAAUUUAUAUGUCGCUCCCAAGGGAGAACCCUCGCCAAUGCUAGUACAGCUACAUCAUCAACUGCCCAGCUUGCUCUCCAUGCAGCUCAUGAGGGUCGUCUGACGGAGCAAGAAGCUCUGGAGGAGAUCAAACACCUGUGUAUGGAGUUGCAGCUUGUGCAGGAGAGAGCUCCACCACGUGGAGUUGCUGUUACUACGAUAGCCACUCUCCUGGAGUCACUGAGGUGUCCUCAACCGCCAACCCUGCGCCCUCCUGGACAGAUGGUGAGAGCCUUGGGGGCGGGUCAUGCAGAUAAGGCAACGAAUACACUCAGCGUGGGGGACAAUCACUGGCACCAUGAGAGCAAUGGUGGAGCAAGGAUUGUGAUUACAGAUGACGAGGACAAGGAGAGCCUGAAGAAGUUGCGGAAGUGCCUGGAAAAGUGCCCAACACUGGCGGCAGCGCCUCCAAAUCCCCGUCCCCCAAAGCGUCCCAAUAUCAAUGGCAUGGAGAACCUCAGUAUCGAUGUGGACACAAAGAGUUGCGACCUGGACUUUGCUGAGCUACAGCUGGAGUGCAUGUGCAGCUCAGACAGUGUCACAGAAUCACCAACAUUGAGGCACAAUCCAGCUGGAAAUUCUGGGCACGUUCCAGCGGCAGACGAUGCUGGAGUUUGUGGCUGUGAGGAUGAGAACUGCAAAUGUCGCGAAGGCGUGAGUAAUUGUUCCAGGAGUACAACAAAUAGUGCGAAACAUGGACAGACUGAUUCACCCAAUUCACCAAACUCUGAGGACAAGACAUCAUGUCGUCCAGGGGAUACCAAUGAAGUACAUGAGGAUUGCAGUGAGGCAGCUGAAGAGGUGGGAGAUGGGGAAGAUGAGGAGGAAUCUUCUGGGUCAGAGAGGGGUGGCAAACAAAACAAAUCCACGGAUUCAUCGAAGUUAAUUCUCGAUCUCAACGACAGAUCCAAGUUUACCAAGGAAGUAUCCGUGUGAGGAUGUCGGACAUUAGGCCACAAUCACGUUUUCCAGGCAUCUCUGGGGGGAAGCAAUCACCACUGGAUAACCUCAGUAUGUGCAACAGUACCUGACACGAAUAUUGCCACAACUAUUCCCAUCAUUAUUGCACGAAAUGCGGUUUGUAUUAUUAAAUCUACUUGAACAGCAAGAAUUUUCCACAAGCGUGACUUGAAAUUCCAUUAACUAAAGUUAUGCAUUCUGCUGAAUAAACUUCUGGACCAAAAUGGACACUAUUCAAUUUUAAAUCCAAAUUCAAUCAAGCUCAACUUGGUAAGUUCAAUAAAAUCCUUUUCCAUUUUGAACUUGGAAUUCAGAUCAAUCAAAGAAUUUAUUUUAGUUCAAGAUUCUUUUGAAAGUCUUGGGAAAAUGAAAAACGUGACAGAGUAGCAAUGUUUGGAGACACUUUGUUGAAUUAUUUAUGUUUUUUUUAAGUGCAUAUCUUCGAUAAUGGCUUCGAUAUUUGAGUAAUAAAAAUUUUUGCAAGGGGUUCUCACAUGAGAAUUCUCGAGAAUGGGAUUCUGCAGCUGAUGACAAAAGUCAUCAGUGAACCUAUAAGAAAUUUCUGUGUCGUUCCUCGGAAUUUUCCCAGGAAGGAAAAGGAACUUUCUACGUAACGAUGGAAACGAUUCCCUAGCAGUUUUCUAUGACACGAAAACGUCAAAUUUUAAACUACCCGUCAAAUAAUUGCUCUACCUGUCGAUUUUACUCGGAGGUUUUUUUAAUUGUAACGGUAUAUUCUAGUACAUUCAAAGGAGAUCUGUAGAUUUUCGGCAGAAUUUCUGCCUGAAAAUCUGUAGAUUUUCGGCAGAAAUUCUUCCGAAAAUCUGCAGACUCGCGGCAGAAUUUCUGCAUAGGAAAUCUGCAUAGUCUCCAUUGUCUCAACAAAAAUAUUGUUGAUUUAUCAAGAAACUGUAGAAGUUACAAGGAAAAUGGUAUGCUCUGCUUAACAAGCAUUACCGAUUAAACAUUCUAGAUGAGUAAAAAGAUUUAAGCAAAAAUUCUAUUUUCUUAAAAAUCGCCCAUGGAAUGAUACAAAAACACGAAAUUUAGGUCGACACUGUGUUUAAAGAUAUCACUUCACUAUUCUCUACUUAUAACACGGCGUCGCAGAAUUCUUCAUUUUAUAUAAACACUCUGAUAUUACCAAGAAUAACUCUAUUGAAUUAUGCAAACUUCAGUGAAAAAUAUUCCAUCUUUUCUGACAAAGCUGUCUGGAAAGUCUGGAAUGUAGAAAAAUCUACAGAAAAUCGGCAAAAUAUCUACAGAAAUUCGUCAGAGUAUGCACCAGGAUUCGUCAGAAAAUCUGUAAAAAUUUCUGACGAAUUUUGUCCCAAACCCAAAUAAAAUUCGUUGGAAUAUCUACAGAUUUCUCGACAGAUUUUCGGCAGAGGUGUAGAUAUUUUCUGCAGAAAACUUAAAAAUAUCUGAUGAAAUUAUUUGACGGGAAUUUAAUUUGAUGUGACAGCUGCUAGUUACUCCAUCUUAAUGCAAAUAGAAAAGAAAAUAUUUUGUAUUCCCCACAACAUUCUUUCAAAAUUAAUUCUAGUCAAUUCGGAAAAUGAGAUUCUGCAGGGAAUGACAAAAGUCAUCUUUUACCCUAUAAAAUUUCCGCGGCGUUCCAGGGAAUCUUUUCCUGAAAGAAUAAGAGCCUAUUCACAUUGAAAACUUAUGUCAAAAAUUGUAAUUUUGACAGAAUUUUGACAUUUCUCCCUAUAGCAUUACGGGCUAUUUCUUUGAAAAAAGCAAUUUUUGGACGAAAAUUGUUCCCAAUGUGUAGAGGCCUUGAAACAUUAUCCACGGAAAUGCAAUGGAAAUCGCGAAAACAGAUCCGUAACAGAUUUCCCUACACUACUGAGAAAAAAAGAGGCUACGAUUAACUUUUUUUCGUCACAACUUUAACACUUUUCGGGUGUAAAAAUAUAUCAACAUUUUUUAAUGUUAAUUUUACACCUUUUUAAGGGUAAACUUAACAUGAAAAAAAGGGUAACUUUAAUCCAUAACACACCUCAAAAGUUUAAUAUUUACACCGAUUUCGGAUCAAUACUGCAGGGUAAAAUUAACAUUUCCGCAAUGUUAUUUUGACUUUUUCGGAUUUCUCUCAGUGUAUGACAUGGAAACGUCAAAUUUAACCUUUUCAAAAGUCUUGACAGCUGUUUUUUGCACCAUCUUCAUAUAAACAUAAAAAAAAUUUAUGUGUUUCUCAGAAAUAUACAUCGUUCUUUCAGAAUGCUUUUUUAAUAAUUUUUUUCUGAAUAUAAAUUUAUUUUUACUCGAUUCAGUUUUGUCAGUUUUUUAAUUUCCAAUUUACAAUAUCUUUAAAACAUAUUUUAAUUAAUUUAAUAAAAAUUUAAAUCGUAAAAAUGACUUUGUUUAAUGAAAAUAAAAGAGAUUUCUUUUACUAUCUAUUCUUAAAUUAGAAAUUACUGAAUUAUACCUGUUUAAUUCCAAGAAUGCGAUUCAGCAGUGAAUGACAAAAGUCAUCGGUGAUCCUAUUAAAAUUUCCGCACCGUUCCACGGAAGUUUCACAGGAAGAAAAAUUAAAAUUAACUAAAUUAAAAUUGAAGUAAUUUUACAAGUUAGGCUCUUUAAAAAAUAUCACACAUCAUUUUACAAUUUCUUAUAAUUAUUUAUUGAUUUUUUUAACCUUUUCUUAUUAAAUUUCCCAAUUUUGUGAAAAAGAACCAAACAAACAUUUGCCAUUUGUUUGUUAAAGUUUCUCAAA